UUCCAUGACCCUGCCGCCGGGCUGGGCUAUGUCAUUGCGACAGCGGCGGCCGGGAGUGUCGUUGUCCGUGCUCGAGCCUCGCCGAAGCUCCAAGACCUUUUUGAACCUGCCAUUCAGUCUUGCUUGAACCAUACAAAAUCCGUCCAUCCACAUCAAAAUGCUGUCUUUGCGCCAACUCUCUCGUCAACUUCCCNGCGGUGUCGCUCGCCUGACUUCGACCGCCGCCCGUCAGCCGCUGCGCACUCCUGCCUUUGCCGCCGCAAGAACUGCCGCCCACUUCUCCACCUCUCUGAUCCGCCGCCAAGGUGUGUCCUGCCAUUCAUUUUCUAUCUGGCUCUCUCGCUGAUUGAACUUGCUGCCAAGCUGAACUCGGAAAUCGCCCUCGAGAAGGAGCAGCAAGCAGAUGACAGCUACCGCUACAACUGCCAAGAAUACAUCGACAACAGCGAGUUCAAGAUUGAAGACAAGACUGGCACCGAGGAGGUUCACCUCACCAGAACAUACGGCGAUGAGAAGUCCGACAUUCUAUCCUAUGACAUCAAGGUUACCUUCUCCAUUGCCGACUUCAACACUUAUGACGAAGAGGCCGACGCUGAGGAUCCCGCUCUUUACGGUGAUGAGGACGGUGCCCUCGAUAUGGACGGCCAGUCUGGAGGUGCCAACACCAAGGGUGCUGUGAACCAGGGCCGCACCGCUGGUGGUAACAUCCGCGUUGCUCCCGAGGAUGAGAUCGCCCCUGCCGACAGACCUGAGCUGCAAGAUGAGGAGGACAACUCGGCAAGCUUCCCCGUCCGUGUUCAAGUUACCGUGACUCGCGAGGGCAGGNGCGCCCUCGCCAUUGAGUGCCUGGCUCAAGAUGGCGAAAUCAGCAUUGAGAACGUCUACCACUUCCCCACCGCCGAGCUGGCCGAGGCAAAGACAGCCGAGAAGGACUGGGCAAGAAGAAGUCUUUACACCGGACCUCCAUUUGGUCAGCUUGAUGAGGACCUCCAGAUGCUUUUGGAGCGAUUCCUCGAGGAGAGAGGCAUCAACACACAGAUGGCCCUCUUCAUUCCCGAGUACAUCGACUUGAAGGAGCAGAAGGAGUACAUUGGGUGGUUGAACAACAUGAAGAGCUUCGUCUCA